UGUAAACUCAACAGGCUUGGCACUUAACAAAAUACGAAAUUGUAGCUGAAUUUAUAAUUUUUUCGCACAAAAUUUGUAGUUUUACCAAAUAAUGAACCGUACCUUGUGGCUUGGUAUAUUAAUUUUAAUGUCAAUAGAAAGAGUCAUUUCCCAAGGAUAUAGACAUGGAUAUAAGCCCAAGGACAAUAAGUUCGUAAGCAUGGACUGCGCCGACUGCGAAAAGGUCAAUGAAGAUUGCAAAAUCGAACAGACCGGGUUUUACUGCGAAAGUCCCGACGACGCAUCUGCAAUUGAGUAUAAAGAUAAUUCGGUUAUACCGGACCAUUUAAAGAAAUGCAUGCCGAAGAACCAUUAUUUCUCUGAAAUAACCAGUAUCCAAAAAACGUGCUGCUUCUGGUCACCUGAGUUGGGAUGCCAAGUCGUUAAGGGCCGGGACAAGCAGGCGGAAUGCUCCAAGUGCCUUGUGGAGGGAACUGUUCGCCAAAUACUUCCCGAGGGCUGCCCAUGUAUAUCCAAGAAAUCUGAGGAGAAAUCUACCAACGGACAAGGAAACACUUGGAAGAGCCAUAGCUAUUUGCUUCUGAUUAUGACGAGAUUUUACUUUAUUUAAGCCUAAUUUUAAACAAAUAGUACUUUUUGUACAAAUUCCAAGUACUGUUUACAAAUAUAUAAUUCUUUCACGGA